AUAUGGCUGUACCUCUGUCUCUUAACUAAACAACACCACUAACACACUACUGUACACCUCUCAGCUGACAACUCUGUUGUUACAAGGAUGCAGGCAGAGGAAUACAAUCGCAGAGGUAAAGAGAUGGUGGAUUACAUCACUAGGUACCUGACCACCAUCAGAGAGAGGAAGGUGACGCCAGGCCCAGAGGUGAAGCCUGGCUAUAUGAGAGAGCUGCUGCCAGACAGCGCCCCCACUGACCCGGAGGACUGGGACUGUAUCUUCGGGGACAUAGAGAAGGUCAUCAUGCCUGGGGUGGUCCACUGGCAGAGCCCCUACAUGCAUGCGUACUAUCCAGCCCUGACCUCCUGGCCCUCCAUGUUAGGAGACAUGUUGGCUGACGCCAUCAACAACAUCGGAUUCACCUGGCUCUUGGUCUCCCCACCUUCUUCCUCCAUCACCACCCAGAAAGCACCGGGGGAGGAAUACUGCAGACAGCACCAGGGGACAGAAUCCCUGACAGAGGACCUAGACACUCUGGUCAUACUCCAGACAGGCCAUUCAGACCAGCACAGGAGGACUGAGGUUACUGCUGUGUGCCACUCUGGGGACCACGGGGUGUGUGCCUUCGACGACCUGUCAGAGCUGGGACCAGUGUGUGCAGAGGAAGGUCUGUGGCUGCAUGUGGAUGCAGCGUACGCAGGCUCAGCGUUUCUCUGUCCUGAGCUGAGAGGACCUCUGGGGGGUAUAGAGUACGCUGACUCCUUCGCGUUCAACCCCUCCAAAUGGAUGAUGGUCCACUUCGACUGCACUGCCUUCUGGGUGAAGGACAAGGUCAAGCUCCAACAAACCUUCAGUGUCGACCCUGUCUACCUCAGACACGAAAACUCAGACCAAGCCACCGACUUCAUGCAUUGGCAGAUCCCCGGUGUAGAGAUGGCUAAGCUACUGGAGUCCCUGGUUAGAUGUGACCCUAACUUUGAUAUGCCUGCUGAUAGACACCUUGGCUUGGUGGUGUUCUGUCUCAAGGAAGGGAAUGCUCUGACUCAGGAGUUGCUGCGGCGACUGACGCGGUCCCGUACCAUGUACCUUGUCCCCGCCGACAUCGAUGGGAAACGCAUCAUCCGCUUCACCGUGACGUCACAGCUGACCACCUCAGAGGACAUCAUCAGGGACUGGGACAUCAUUCGCAAAAUGGCCGCCGACCUUCUAGCCGAGGCGGCCGAAAAACAGGCGGUCAGUAAAAUGGAGGAGCAGCAGUCUCCAGUCAGAAAAACUGUUGAGAAGCUGUCAGAGACAAACAGUGAUUCGGGGAAUCACACAACAACAGCAGCAGAGGGCUUGGCUGCCUCUCUCAUGACUAGGAAACCAAAGGAGAUUGAAAAGGCCAUCAGUGACACAGAGGACGAACCGCUGAAAACACCCAAAGAGUUGGAGACCGGCCAGACACAGACCAGCCCCAAUACAGGAUCUAAAGAGCUAGAGGUCGGCCCGACACAGACGAGCCCCAAGACAGGAUCUAAAGAGCUAGAGGCCGACCCGACACAGGCCAGUCCCGAGACAGGAUCCAAAGAGCUAGAGGCCGACCCGACACAGACCAGCCCCAAGACAGGACCCAGAGAGCUUGGGACCAGCCUGGCCCAGACCAGCCCCAAGACAGGACCCAGAGAGCUUGGGACCAGCCUGGCCCAGACCAGCCCCAAGACAGGACCCAGAGAGCUUGGGACCAGCCUGGCCCAGACCAGCCCCAAGACAGGACCCAGAGAGCUUGGGACCAGCCUGGCCCAGACCAGCCCCAAGACAGGACCCAGAGAGCUUGGGACCAGCCUGGCCCAGACCAGCCCCAAGACAGGACCCAGAGAGCUUGGGACCAGCCUGGCCCAGACCAGCCCCAAGACAGGACCAGAGAGCUUGGGACCAGCCUGGCCCAGACCAGCCCCAAGACAGGACCCAGAGAGCUUGGGACCAGCCUGGCCCAGACCAGCCCCAAGACAGGACCCAGAGAGCUUGGGACCAGCCUGGCCCAGACCAGCCCCAAGACAGGACCCAGAGAGCUUGGGACCAGCCUGGCCCAGACCAGCCCCAAGACAGGACCCAGAGAGCUUGGGACCAGCCUGGCCCAGACCAGCCAGGAUCCAGAGAAAGGAGCCAGAGACGGCCCUGAGGAGGUCCCCUGUACUGCUGCCUUCAGAGUUCAGAGGGUCCAACCACAGCUCCGCUUGGACAGUGAUAAGACUGGAUUUAGACCACAACCACCAUUCUGGAUGGAUAAAGAAAAGUCUGGGUCUGAGAACAGGCCGAGGAGGACACCCAAGCCCUUCAGGCCUCUUUCAGAUCCCAGAGUGGCCUUCUCCAACCAAUUCCAACCAGCUGGGAAAACGGGUCCUGAGGAAGCUCACCAAGUUCUACAGCUUGCCCAGUUUCUGCCACCUGUGGGUGCAGUGUGGGCACUACCAGAUAACCGCUAACUUCCCUGCUCUACUGUAG